AUGCUUUUGCGGUAUCAGGAAGCGCCGUGGGUACGUAUCUCGCCUGGGGGGAUCUCUGCUUCAGCCAUCCUCUCGGCUAUAAAAGACGGCCUUGUUUCUUGGUUUCCCUUUCCUCCUCAUCGGCUCUCCACCACUGCUAGCUACAUCCACUUCCCUUCCAAGCUCUUUCAUUACCCUUCUACGAUCCAUUCCCCUUUUUACUGUCCAACCAUGUCGUCUAUCUUCGAUAACUGUGACACCAAUGACUUCUAUUGCGAAGGCCGUUCUGACCCGUCCAUCGAUAUUGGCGUCCGCUACUACCCUGACCGUGAUCAGUGGAGUCCGAUAUUCAAUCCUCGUGUCGUGCCCGAUGAUAACGCUGAUGGCAACAAAGGCCCAAUUGAAGCUGUUGGCAACAAAGGCCCAAUUGAAGCUGUUGGCAACCAGGGUCCAGUCGAUAUUAAACCAAUCGUGGAGGCAAAGGAAAAAGGGCCCGCUGAGGCCACUGUUGAUCCAGCCUCGAUCAACACUAUUUCAUCUAUUCCAGAUCAGGUGCCGAUCCCUCGCCUGUUCCCAAAGCCGCACCCCUUUGUCUGUGUCCCGUGGAGCGUCCACGACCCCGAACUUCCUCCUGGCCUUCCGGUUCCCUUCCUUCGAAACUUGAAUCUUCCUGUCCCGGCUCCUACUCCGGCUCCGUCGACCUCUAGCUCUGAAUCUUCGUCCAACGACUCGGAUUCCUCGUCCACCUAUCCACUCAUCUCCAAUUACAUCAACUUGAACCACCAAGGAGUCCAAAAACUCCUCCUCAACGACAACACUCCACCAACCGCCGUCUGUAUCUACACCGAGGAAGACGUCAUGCGCAUUUUCGAGGGUAUUGCGCCAGAAUAUGUGGAUAUGUGCUCCGAAUACCCCCCUUCCUCUUUAGCUGAAUCCGCCAGAAUAUGUGGAUAUGUGCUCCGAAUACCCCCCUUCCUCUUUAGCUGA